AUGCGCGCGGUAUUUGGCGUUGCUUGCCAGUGGCUAGGGAACGGGCCUGCCGUUAUGCACGCGCUCAACAAACUCAAGAACCUCAUGGCCACCUACGAAACGCUCAAUUACUUGUUACGUUCGGGAUCUCCUUGGGUUCCAGCAACUUUCGCCGUUACGGAUGGGUUAACCAGCUGUCAACGCUCGACUUUUGAAGUUGCAAGAGAACCGGCGCACUUGCACAUCCCGUCGGUUGGCGACAAACAGUACUAUGUUGAGGAUAUUCAGAUCAGACUACUGCGCAUGCCGCGUGUAUUCUUACCUCUCUUUACAGAUCCGCCCUCAACUACGAGAAAACGGACUUCAAAACCUGAGGUGAUGCGUGACAUCACGCUCACUUCCCUUCAUUCAAACCUGACCGAUUUAUUGAGACCGGUAGGGAUUUUUUAA